AUGAAAGAGAAAGAGAGAGAAGUGUCAUUCCUCGAGUGUCGACGUUUACAUAUCUACGUUUCAUACACACUGACACUCAUCACAAUUAAUUAAGUUAUUUGAAAACUGAAUAACCAGGUUCAGAGUGCUUUUCCCAAAUUUUUAUUCUGCAUCUUUACAAAACUUGAUUUUGUUUACCUUUAUAAAAAAUAAAACUACUUCAUAUUUUGUUACAUCAUAAAAGCCAGAAGCAGAAGUUAUACAUUGACGAGUAUGCCAUAUGUGGAUUGUCUUGCUGUACUUUGAGCCAAUUCAAAUCUUGUACCAGAAAAAAUGUCAAAAGUUCAAACAAAAUUAAAUUUUAUAGAAAAAAAGAAAACAUCUGCUCGUCUACAGGAACAGUUUUCAAAAAAGCAAAAGGACCUGAAUCACAAAUCAGCUGUAAUAAAUGAUGACGAACUUCAUAACUGUAAAUCACCAGUAAAGGUUCUUGCAGACAAAAAUGAAGUAAUUGAAAAGAAACACUCGAAAAAGCGUGGUGUUUUAAACAAGUGUUUAGAAAAAGAAAAUCAAGCAACAUUUAAAAAUCGUUCACUGUCACCAGAUAAGACUGGUGCACCAGAUACUCCAUCCAAGCAAGAAGAAGAUAGGCAUUUACUAAGGUCUUCUCCGCUGAAGAGAGCUUCAACAUCGCCAGACAAAUGUAAAGACGGAGGAGCGAGUCCACCCAAGCGAGGAUGCUCUCAGGUCGAAACUCCAAGCCAACUGAUCUCAAAUUUGUUCCUGGAGAGUCCUGAAAGGCAGCAGAAGUCAAACUCCCGAAAAGAACUGUUCCCCAAAGGAGAGUUUGACGAAGCUUGUAAAGCUCUGCACAGUUCAGCACCAAACAGUUUACCAGGCAGAGAAGACAAGUUGGACAUCAUAAAGGACUAUCUGACAGAACACUCGACAGAGCAGACAUCCGGCACGUUGUAUAUAUCGGGACCUCCAGGAACUGGCAAGACUGCGAGUGUAAACCUGGCUGUGGCGGAUCCUCAGAUUGCCGAUGCCUACAAAGUGAUAUAUUUAAAUUGUACCUCAAUGAACUCAUGUAAAUCAGUAUAUAGUAGAAUAGUUUCUGAAUUGAAGUUGAAAACUCUCAGUCACUCAGAGAAAGCUUCAUUAACAGCAAUUGAAAAGUAUUUGGAGUCAAGGACACGAAAAAUGAUUCUGAUCGUGUUGGAUGAGCUGGACCAGCUGUGUAGCAGCAAUCAGUCAGUGUUAUACACGAUAUUCGAGUGGCCGGCCCGAGUGGAUUCACGGCUUGUGCUCAUCGGUAUAGCCAAUGCACUCGACCUGACAGAUCGAGUGUUGCCACGCCUGCAGGCUCGACUGGCCCUCCAACCUACGGUGCUGCACUUCCCCUCGUACACUCGCCAGCAGAUCAUUGACAUCAUCGCCGACAGACUCAAACAGGCUGGUGUAGAGGAAGUGUUCUCGGGUGCUACACUUCAGUUGUUGGCUGGCAAGGUGGCUGCGGUGAACGGAGAUGUGAGGCGAGCACUGGACAUCGCUCGGAGAGUGGUGGAGGUUGCGGAGAGAAGGGUGGUCCUGCAACCGCUAACUGACAACGGUUCGACAAGGCAGACAGUAGCGCUGCAAGAAGUGUUGUCUGUAGUGAACGAUGUUUACAACACAGCGCAAUCAUUAGACUCCUCCCAGGCCGAGAGCUUUCCUCUGCAACAGAAACUUCUCAUCUGUUCUCUACUUCUCAUCCGUCAGACAUCCAAAGCUAAAGACAUCACUAUUGGAAAAUUACAUGACGUAUACAAGAAGGUGUGUGGAAGGCGCAACUUGUCUGCAUUGGACAUGUCCGAGUUUGUCUCAUUGACCUCGCUGGUCGAGGCGAGAGGCAUUCUGCGGGUGACAGGAAAAACCCAUAAUAGGCUUUCAAAGGUUGUGCUGCAGUGGGAUGAGACGGAAGUGAAGAGUGCGCUCCAGGACAAACAGCUGCUAGCUGCUGUGCUCAUGGACAAGUGUGUGGCCACUUAACUAACAAAAUUUGUUUAUUUAUUUUUAUUUUGUGUAUUAAACUGGUUUUUUAUUACA